CUCAGGCUGCUUCUGUUCUUGUCGGUGGAAUUAACAUUGGAGAAAGAUUAAUUAGAGGUAAGGGUAUGUUAAUUUAUGCGCCUGAGUGACAAAGCCAAAUUGUAUGGAGCCUGAAACCUGAGACAGAACAACCUGCUACACAAUGCGUCUAGGAGGCUCACGCUGCUAGAGUCGUUGCGUGGUUAUCGCAUACUUAAGACCAACCUUGUCAUCCUUACCAAGAAGUUAAAUGUAAGGAUGAGAACCAACACAUAAAUUUGCUCCAUAUCUACUAAUAAACAUGGAAAUUGGUGAGUCUAGACUAUACUUGUUAAGGUGCUGUCCUUGGAAAACUCUUUUACAUUAUUUUUUUUGUGAUCGUCAAAGAGUAUUUUAUUUUCAUAGUCCCUCGACGCCUCUUCAUUCAUAUGCAUCCUUGUCGUCUUUCUCAGUAACGUAUAACUUUGGAAAAAUAAAAAUCCACUAAAAUCUAGUCUUUGCAAGGCUCUCAGUCACUGGAGAUGAGCAGAUGUACUGGAAAGUGAAUUACGCGAGAAGUCUGGGAAGGAGUGCUCUCCUAAGCAAACUCUCUCUAACGUUUGUUUCUUUGCUUAGCCCCGCUUUUUCGGACGACUCCACAAGCGGCUAAUGUAAACCUUAUGAUUUCUACACUUUUUACAGUUGUCACACCUCACUGUACUUUUCGCAAUGUUACUGGUAGUGCUGUGGUCGUCUCUACAUGGAUGGUCCUUCGCAGGAGUCCUAGUAUGGAAGCAUUUGUCAAUGCUUUCAAAGAAGCUGUUCUUCCAUUUGGAAAUUGCUUGCGUACAAUUAGUGAAGGAUCGAUCCAAUUUACGCUUCAAGCAGAAAAUAUUUCCGCUCUUGACGCACUAUGGCAAAGUUAUCAAGAUGCAACACUACAAACAAAUUUACAAGAGUUUCUUGUUACUGAGGAAAUAAAGCAGCUGGCAGGUGGUGAAGUGACGUUGACUGUGCACAUCGACGAAGAUGAAUAGAGAAAUGCUAUGUUGGAUUUGAUGAUAUCAGAAACAGAAGGUAAUAACACCUUGAAUAGUCCCGCCAUUAUGCAUGACUCCUUGUGCGAGAUGAAUUAGAAACGUCUCUUGUUUUAUCAAAUAUAAUGGGACGAAUCACGGCAUCUAGAAGAUGCGAUGUAAUUUUCUUUAAAAAGUUGUUGCGUUACGAUCCAUCUAAUAUUUUUUCCUCGUAUGCGAUUUAUUGAAACACGCCAUGAGACUAAAUAUACACCAGCUCAUACAUAACCCUCCAGUUUUAUUUUCUGGCUGAUGUUCCAGUCCUGAUUUAAACUUACCUUUCAUGAAAUAACAGCCGUAUACAGUUAAAAUAUCAUUCAAUUUUGGCGCGAGUGAAGAGAGUAAUUUACGUGUUAAUAAAGGAAAAAUAUACGGUUAAACCAGGUGAGUCUUCAGCUACUAGUUUACGUGUUAACAAAGGAAAAAUAUACGGUUAAACCAGCUGAGUCUUCAGAAAAAUUAUGUUUUCAUUUAGUUUUUUCGUUUCUUCUCCAAGACAUCAUGCACUACGCCUUAUAACCAUUGUGUGGAGGUUGAUUAUAUCUACAUGAGCUUGAAUUCUGAGGAGAAAGGAUCUCAAUAUUUUAAAAUUAUUUGAUAGGCGCUCUUUGUUCGUAAACGUACUUCCCUAUGGCUAACAUAAAUUGUUUAAGUCCAGAUAUUUGAGUUUGCGGAAAGAUCCAUGUUGCAGAAAUUGAACUUGGUAUAUUUCCUCUUUUUCAUCCUGAUCUGUCACGCGGGUUUAAAGAAUACCUGUGAGUCGCAAUAUUAUUUUUUUAGGUUUCUUUGGUCGACCGACAAAUUGAGCUGGGAAAGAGUAGUUGCUCAUAAUCGAUCAAAAUGUCCAAAGGAUUGUUCUUUUUCUUCACGAAGCAACAGGUUCUCGAAUUGAUUAUCCGAAUGACAUCCACAACUCCUCCGUGAAAACAGCCCUGUGAUAUGAAAAGCGUUGACUUCAAACGGGUCGAUAUUACUGGUUCUAAAACUCAUUCGAAAAGCAACUUUGAGAUGUGCUCCAAAAUACAAUUUCCAGAUAACUCAGGAGCAAAUGUGGGCAAAAAUCGAACAUUUUCAAAAUGUGGUGGCAACAGGCAAAGAAUCACUUCGAAUCAUAUUCUCGAGUUAGGUAGGCCCUAGAGAGAAACAAGCCACUGCAUACUUCGUUUGGCUGAAUAUUGAUCUAUUUUCGAGAAAAUCGAUAGUACAUGAAUCCCGCCGAAAUGCCGCAUUUCCGGCAAAUCUCGAUGCAUCGCGUCACUAGUUGAAAAAACUUGGACUGAUAAAAAGUACCAAAUCGUGCAAGAGUUUGUUUCCUUUGUUUUUUCUGGAAAAAUCUAGAUGUUUAGUAUUUUAGAAGUGGGCGUGAAAACACUGGUCAGACCAAACAACAGGCAUGUGUAAUCGUCAUUACGCAUCAUCUGCGCACUAUGAUAUGUUUAACAAAUAGAUUCCAAGUUGCCGUGCGUCUGUUCUGUAAUAUAUCACAGAUGACGUCAAAAUGCGGUAAGAACAAAAAAGUGGCACACGAGGCUAGCUUCUUGGGCAAGAUUAUUAAAUAUCUAACUAGCAGGGUUGAUUUUUUUAAAAGCCGCUGUUUAAAUAUACUACGUCAACACAAUUCACGGUCAGGAGACAUGUAUUUUAAAAGUCUGCAAUGAGAAGUAUUUCAUAGAUCGAUGUUCACGAUUCCUCUCCUGAUGUGAAGCUGGUACCUUGAUUACUCUAUCCGUUUCUUGAGUUUCGUGGUACACAGAAAUAUUUUAUAACCAAACUUAAGCUUUUUUGGACAACUGCCCGGAAAAGAUAAAGUGAAUAUGAGAACGUGCUAUCUGGGUCGUUGUUUAUCUACUUGCACGGGUAACUUCAUAAGGAACGGUAGCCUCUAGGAAAGAAGAAGUAUACAUAUAAAUCUGUAGAACGUUGGCUGGUACAAACAUUUCACUGAAAGCUGUGGUUUUCCAUGGCCAGUUGUCGUUUUGACCCUUAUACAGCUCUCUUUAAAGAAACAAAUAUUUUAACUUUGCACUUUGCUCUAUUGCACAUCUGCAGUGAUGGGCUAUGCCCUUUGAGGAUCUUUCGCUUUAUUCACCUUAAACAAUAAUUAAAAAUACCAUGAUUCAUUUGACCAUGAUACCUUUAAUCAUGAUCGGGGUUUAGAUGAUUGCUUGCUCCUGUUUCGAAUAUUUAAAACUUGACCUAAGUCCCCGAAGCCACAUAUGUUUCACAGUCCAAUGUUCCAUUCUUGCGGAGUUGGCGAUUUCAGUAGACCUCAUUUUCAAUUAAUUAGCGUUAUUCCGCACACAAAAAACAUGUUUCCGAGCCAGCGACAUUCCGCUUACAUUUUGUUUGCGGUUUGGUUGAAUUCUAAUAUUUGAGCAAAGAUCUCUUACGUGAAGUAAAUAAAGCCUCCUCUUCGACGGAAUGGGAGUAGGGAAACCUCAAAUAAAACCCCCCGAGGGCGUCGACUAUCUUGCUAAGUUAUUUUGCUUUUAUGUGAACGAUGCCAUAAUUUCAGGACUGUAGCCUCCUUCUUCAAGUAGCACAGUAAAAGAUAAGAGGAUUUUAUGUUAAUAAGCCGUAGAUUGUACGUAAAAUUCGAAACAAUUGAGUUUACGUGUGUAUGUGUACAUUUUCGACUAAUUGACGGCACCGUCGAAUAGGCACAUUUUAUCCAACUUUAAAAUUUGAUUAGAUCGCGCCGAAUCAUUUCCCAAAAAAAAAAUCCUAUGAAGAUCGAAAAGAACUACACUCUGCCUUCCAAAAGCCAGAUUUUCAACAAAUUAUUUUGUGUAGCACAUAGUUAAAUAACGGCUCGGGUUACUUUUGACCUAUUUUUUAUAUAGUUAGAAGUUGGUCGGAUAAAUUCAAUUAGAUUUUGUAAAUAAAUGGUCAAGAAUUGCUUAGAUUGCUCACAAAAUAAGUUUUGAUCUUGUUUUUUAAGAUUUGCUACUUUUUAUCGGUCCAGGUUUUUUCAAUUUGUGACGCGACGCUCCGACAUUUGCCUGAAUUUUUGAGCCUCAAAAGCGGCAUUUUGGCAAAAUUUUGUUAUUAUCGAUUUUCUCGAAAAUAAAAUGAUAUUCAGCCAAACGAAGUAUGCCGUGACUUAUUUCCCAUUAAGACCUACUAAACUUUGAGAUAUAAGCGAAAUUGAUUUUCAGCUGUUGCCACCAUAUGUUUGACUAUUGGUAACAUUCGCUCUUAAGUUUCACCUACCUUGUGGGUUAUUUCUCACUAGUAUGUGAUCUAUUUCCGAGAGCUUGAUGAUUAUCCAAGCUCAAUGUCUCAGUUCCCUUUUGCAAACGAUGUGGAACACACCGCUUCAUUCAGCAUUAUAUUGCAUUUUUGAUUGUAAAUUUUAGAGAAGGAACUUGAAGAGAAAAGAGGAUUAAAAGAACGAGCAAGUUCUGAUUCAGACCUUCUGAAAGAACGAAACAUGACCGUAGCCAACACAAAGGAUCCUUUUCCAGAGAGAGAGUUUUUACCAUUUGACAGAAAAGUGCGUGUAGAAGAAUAUUUGGAAAAUCUUCGGGAGACCUUCAGCGAAAUCACACUACCGAGUGAUAGCGGAGAAGGGACCUGGAGUAGUGCCCCUUCUGAAUAUGGAUUUGACAAAGGUGAAGGUGACAGUUAGUCUCCAGCGACUGAUAAUUUUCAAUAGAAUAGGGACGAGUUGCUGAGAGAUCCAGCCAUCUUGACCUUAAACUGGUCAAUAACGCGUACGGAGUGUGGAUGAGAAUGAGCUAAUUAGGAUGACCUGCUAAAACUAAUGGCAUAACUAAACCACCUACAAACGUGGACACUCUUUAUGAAUGAUAUCUUAUAUCACGAAUCGUAUAUUUAUUUGCGUUUGGAUCUCAACAAACACACAGGUUGAGAACAGUAUUUUCAAAUGACAGUAUUUUUGUCAAAAAACGAAAAAACAACAACGACAACAACAAUAAUUAUCAGUCAACUUUGAAUGUGAAAUUUUGUUUCAUCUCCAAUUAGGCCUGUCAGUCUGAAUUAGCCAGCGGAUGAACGUGAUUACAACCAAAUUCUUAUUUCGUAUUUGGUCUGGCUGAAACUUGCAUUUCUUCAGAACUUGAAAGCUUACUGUAUUGGCAUAGCAUAACAGUCCCUUAAAUUUCAUUCAUCCCCCUUUUGGCACUUGAUUUACUUGAACUUGCAUCUGGCCCCUUAGAAUUAGUCGGCCUUUUAUUGGAAUGAGUCUGCUGAUUUUAAAACACCUAAAACAGCAAACUCCCAUUUGAACAGUUCAUGAGCAACCAUCAGAUUUCUCAGACAGUCUGAUGUCAGUAUCGUGGUUAAUUAUUCUGUGAUCGUAAAUACUGUUUUUCCUUUCUUUUUUGAUUCAUCGUAGAACCUGUUUUGACAUCGUCAAGCAGUGCUGAAGCUGUUAUGCAACAGUUGGCAAACUCUUUACAGCUAGAUAAAUGCUUUUUCAAAAAUCCAACCGCAGAGGACCAAAGAGCUUUCCGUGGCUUGGCAAGAAUAGCUAAAAUUUUAAACAGAUUCGACGUGUUUGAGUACCUACGAAAGAACGUACCAGCAGGAACAACAGGUUUUUUGUUUAAUAUCAUUUCCUUAAAUCCUUAACAAUACUUAUCUAUUGAUUUUUAAGCAAUUAUAACCAUGAUGUCUUGUUAACAAAAUAGUCAGAAGGCCUUUAACAUCGAACACUCUUUAAUCUGCGAAAUUCAAAUAGGAAAUAAUUUGCAGUAAACAUACAAUACUUUUAAGUCUGCAAUACAUGUUUGGAUAUUACUCAUGUCAUGUUCAGCAGCAAAAUAAUGUCCUUGUUACUAUUUAAAUUUUAGUUUGAAUAUACGUCAUCGAGUAACAAAGUUAGAUUAAGCUAUACAGAAUCGCAAACUAUUUGAAUAAAAUACAACGGAAGUAUGGAAGGAAAAAUUGGUAUUUUGAAGUAACCUAGGAAAAUCCAAAACAGAAAAUACUUUCCGUUAAACUAAUUUCGCACUAACUUGCUUUUAAAAGUUUUGAAUUAAGAAUAAACUUCCCCUGGCGUAGCUGUGAAAGUCAUCAUCUAAUUCCUCCGUUCGCUUGACAAUAAGCAACCUCUGUUGUCCUCAGUUGUGGAGCGUGAAAGACAAUCGAGAUAAUUACAAAAAGAAUGACUGCGCGAAAACUGGGUUCGGGUCUUCUCGCCUAACUCCUAAGAAAAAAGUACCAGCUGGGUCGCGUUGCUAAGGUUAAUGAUCAGUGGUGUAGUAAAUUUAUUCCGUUUCGCUUAACAACAGCUGAAAAAAAGAGACUUUGUCGCGAAAAACAACAAAGUUCAAAGUUCUUAUCAACACAUCGGAAAAACGCGAGCGAGAGACAAUAUACGUGAUGAAAGAAUCAUUAAUGAUAAUUGAGAGGGGGGGUCCUUAUGAAUUCCAUAAAUCAUAGUUUCGAAUCAUUUGACUCGUGUGGUCGAGCCUUUAUUACGAUUCUACGUUUGUGUGCGAAGCCAUUGAGUCAAAGUCAGUAUUUAUUCCUAAGAUGAUUCUUCUUUUCUUUCAGGUCCUCGAUUACCUGAGAAUAUGCUCAUCAAGGAGAUAUCGAAAUUAAAAAAAAACCUUUUGUCACGUGUUUUGAAAUGUAAGUAACAUUUUGUGAAAUAGUCGUCCAAUAAGAGCUACUACAAGUAAAUACAUUUGUUCAGUGGCCUGUGGCAUGUUCCAGGCUAUCGACGUUCACGGUGAUUACAACUUUUUUCGAAUCCAAUCCGGAUUAAGGUGACCCAAUUUACUAAGAUGCGGCUGCUUCGGGCUGCGAAAUUCCAUUUGCGACCUAAUGGCAACCGGCCGAGUGACACAUUCCCUUUGUAAUCAGUUUUAUUGAACCAGUAGACUUGUGGAGUCACCCCGUAUCAUGUGAUGGACCUGUUUGCACAUGGUUUCAGUCUCAUAUUUUGUAUCGCUUCUUUGUUUCUGUUCACCAGGAAAACAAUAGUCACGAGGCGUGUUGAGACGACACAAAAAACUACAUAUCACCGAAAAAAACUGGCAAAGCUUGGUCUUCUCGUUUAAAUAAGAAAUAUCGAAACAGCAGAAAAACUUGUUAUCACUAAUGAGUCUGGAGUGUCGUCUCUACUUUUACAUCUACUCUACUCCAUGAUUGCAUCACAUAGACCCAUACUAGAAAUGAAACCAUACUGCAAACAUAUUAUCCCUUAUUUCAUUACAAUGGUCUACGAGUAUAUCCCUGCUAGCAGUUCAUAAAGUAGGUCACUCAUAUAACUUGAUUGUCUAGUGGGCGUUCAAUUAUAAACAAGUCAUAUUUUGUGACGCACAAUUAAGGUGAAUGUUUGUUUUCUUCAUUUUAGGGAGAUAUCCCUUGGGGGAACUAAGGGAUCUGGAUUUGAGACCAAGCGACAUGAAAUAUUCAGUGAGCACUACCAUUCUGGAUGCUUUCGCCAUGCGACUCAACUUAAGAACAGUGGGUGAGCUGUAUGACUUUCUAUGUGAACAUGGCCUGCCUCACGCUGCCGAUUUUCUUUAAAUAUCUCAACUCUACCAGCCCACGAGGAUCUCUCGAUCUCAUGUUUUCUUACUCUAUCCUAUGAGAUGAUGAAUCAGCUUACCCUUACCACAGGGGACAAAUGAUUUGCUGCUAAAGUCAGUCAUACUGAUUUGACAUGAUUAGCUAUUCCUAUAAUUCCUCCGACUUAGUCAGUUAGGUAGGGUUGUUAUCAUAAAAAGUCAUGUUAGUAUCCGAAGGUAAUUUAGUAUUGCACAUAUUUAGAGUUUGGCAUUAACUUUUCUCUCAUUAGUAGCUUACGUUAGUUUUUUAACCGAUGCUAGAAAUUGUUACCUAUAAUUAGUAUUGUAAAUAGUGCUUGUUUUUGAAUUAGUAGUUGCAGUAAAAUUUCAUGUUAACACGGUUUUUCCAUCAGGUGAAAACUCACAAUUGUUUUUGAAGGGUUUCAUAAACUAACCACAGUAGCUCGGAAGACCAAAACAACUGUAGUCAAAGUCAAACCUGUUUUACAAGAAUACUGAGCAUAUUAAUAUACUGUACUAAAAAACUACACGAUCUCAGUUUGAGAAAUUAGUUUUGUCGAUUUCAUUUCAAACUCACUUAAGGAGUUCGAUUGUUUGAUUUAUUUCGGGAAGCUUUUUUCAUCGCACAGUCCUACUAAAGCUUAAACCUUGUUUACAAUAAUUAAACGAGUGUUAUCUUUGACCCGUUCAUCAUAAACGAGCUGUUGUAUGUUUAAACCAUAGAGGUGCAAGAGUUUGUUUUCCGAACCGCAAUUAGCAAGUGCUAGUGCAUGGACAUAUUUGACCAAAAGAGAGAAGAGUGUAAUAUAUAUAUCGAAACGAAUCACGAAGCAAUGAAUGACGAUUGGAGGAAAGCUCAGCGAGUUGUACCUAGAAUAUAUAUAUAUACAUAUAUAUAUAAAUUUAUGUAAACGAUGGUACGAAUAUUCUUAACAAUAAAAUCCUCUGAUGAGUGAGCAAUCACGAAACAGGCUUGUAGGGAUGAAAGUAUAGUCUCUCUGUUUUCCCCCCCUAUCGCAACAUAAAUAUAUAUAUAUAUAUAUAUAUAUAUAUAUAUAUAUAUAUAUAUAUAUAUAAAUGAAUGUGGGGGUGGAGUCUACCUUGGCAUAAAGUGCUCAAUGCUGUGGUAUUGAUAGAGAGAAUCGAGAGAAUCGAUGCGGAAACUUCCUGGUCCCCUGCCCUUGAUGAUUACCCUGUUACCUUGCUAAAAUUUCACCCCAAGAGCUGCAAGGACAACAAAAUACAACUGAGAUAAUUAGUAUAUUCGUUAUGAUGUUGGAAAUAAUUGCUAAUAUUAUGAAUGUUAAGGGGUGUUUUGCUUUGCGUUUCCCAAUACUUAAAAAAAUUACUAAUAGUCAAAGUUUGAGUGGGUCUCCUGAUUCAAAGGCAAAUAGUUUGUUCCAGUUGCCUCAAUUUUCUUCAAAAGCAAUAGAGCUCCCCUUUAUUUUAUCAAUCAUUUUAAAAAGUUUCUAUAGAUUCUCAUCACGUAAUCACUGUUACCGAAGGUGAGCCCUACCAAGACUUCUUAUAAAUACUUCUGCCCCUACAGUGAAUUGUAUAAUCCGCCAGGAUCUAAGGCUCCUGCAAAUGUUUGGGUUAUACUGUUAUAAAAAAUACACCCUGAACAUUUGGAUAUAAGCCUAUAUUAAAGUACCCAACCUCAAUAUGAGCUACCAAAUUCUCAAAUUUAUACAUCCUGAUAGUAAGCUCUGUAGACCUUGCAUACCCGCCAAUAUUCUUAAUAUGACUAAACAGAAUUUUUUUCUUAUCCAUAUCAUUACUGUUUGGUUAAAGGGUGUAGUUUCAGCCAGUAUUGCAUUAUAGCUUGUAACCACUGAUCCGGCCUUGUUAAGUUAUAAAUAUAUAUACUUCCUUUCCUCCUCUUUAAUUCUUUAACUUAUGUAUAUAUAUAUGUAUAUACAUAUAUAUAUAUGUAUAUAUAUAGGAAGUCUUUAAACCCCUGAAGAGUGAAGCGAUUCACGAAACAGGCUUGUCGGGAAGUGUAGUUGCGUCCCUUUUUCCCUCCCAUAAUAUUUAUGUAUAUAUAUAUAUAUAUAUAUAUAUAUACACACACACACAUAUAGAGUAUAAUCUCAGUUUGAAAAAUUGGUUUUGUCGAUUUCAUUUCAAACUCUCUCAAGGAGUUCGAUUGUUUGAUUUAUUUCGAGAAGCUUUUUUCAUCGAUACAUUUCGAUAUAUAAAUAUAUAAAUGUGGAGUAGAGUGUACCUUGGCACAAAGUGCUCGAUGCUGUGGUAGCAGAGCUGGGUAUAUAGAAGUGAAAGAAUCAAAGGGGACACGUCGAUUCUCUGUUACUCUGAGUUUCGCGCCUAAGCGCUCGUCAGACAGAACUUUCUGACGAGCGCUUAGGCGCAAAACUUAGAGUAACAGAGAAUCGAUGCGUCCCCUUUGAUUCUUUCACACACACACAUACACACACACACACACACACACACACACACACACACACACACACACACACACACACACACACACACACACACACAGAUAUAUAUAUAAACGAGUCGCGAAGCGAUAAUUGUGAUAUCGGUUUUUCAAGGGAAAUUUAACGUGGAAUUUACUCGUCAGGCAGUGAAUUUUUCUUGAAUCGCAUGAUUGAAUAAAAACACGAGAAAGAGAAAGUUUGUUUUUAUCCUGAGCGCACGCCCCAGAAAGCCAUUUCAAAGUCAAUUGUCAGAACUGUCAUUGCGUCAGUGAAUAGGAAGCACAGUCAGUCUUACACAUUUGAAUCUCCGACAACUUUAUUUGUAUCUUGUGCUUGUUUUUACAUUUGUUUUCAAACUAUUGAAACAAGCUACACAAUGUCUUAAGGUUAAUAGUGGUAUUUCACUAAAUUUACAAGCCGUUCAUCUUUAACAUAUUUUUCCAAAUCAUAUGCUCAAGGAGGAAAAUAAUUUACACCUUUUGCCUCUUUAGUCGCAAAACUGGAAGAAACGAAGUGUCCAAGCGAAAGCACUGAAAGUUUAACAUCGCGAUUUAGGGUAUUUAUUUCUUCGUCUGUAUAUAUGACGACCGUUGUCGCUUCUUCGUCUUCUUCGGUUAAGCUUUUGCUUGCCAUUUUCUAGGCCGUGUUUACAGGAUUUUCUCGUUGUCGUCAGCGAAAGAGGCUUUUUAAUUCCUCUCCAAGAAUUUGACAACUUUCGUUUCCGCUGCCCAUUUCAAUUUUGGGGGUGACUAGAAUAUCAUUAGAGGGUAGAUAAUGAUAUCCAACAGAUAAAAUUGUUAUCCAGCAGAAUAUGGUGGUGGACUAUCCACUGGAAAGAGAUUAGUCCAGUGGAUAGUAUUAUCCGCCUGAACAACCGAGACCACAAAAGAAGAAUACAUUAAUUCUGAAUGAUGCAAAAGCAUUGCUUUGGCUGUCUAUGGGUAGGACUUUCUCUCAUUUCCUUCUCUGCUACUUGCAUGUCCAGUAUUUGGUACGCCAGUCCAUCAUCAAGCAACACUGGAAAGAGCAGUCGAAACUAGAGGAAGCUAAUAUAGCUGGAGUAACAUUUACUAUUUCUUUUUGUUGAUUUUCUGAUGAAUCAUCUCCCUGAGGUCUGAAAAGAUUUUGUUUUGUCUUGGAUUGUUCCUCAUAAUUAAACAUAGCCAGUGCUCGCCUGUUAAACAAGAAGUAAGAGGGUUACAAGGCAGUGAAUGGCUGGAAUCAAGAAAAAUACCAACUGAUGCUAUGGACACAAAACAAUCUUCAAGCUUCCAUGUUCUUUGUUUUGUUUUGUUCUUUUUUACAGUCACAAUGGAAUUAAGCACUGUUCGCUCUAAGUGGUAUUCCAUGGAAAGAUUAUGUCUCCCAUAAGCUUCCUCUUUAUACUCUGUGUUGGUGAAACUACAUUCAGUGUGAGGAAAGUAAGUGGGAAAGGUGUUGCAAAAACCAUUGUUGGAUGAUUAACUUGUAUGUGCUGUUUGUAUGUAAAAUUUUGGUGUUUCUUGUCUCAAAUUUUUCGGUAAUCCACAACACCAAGCAAGUAGUUUGACUGAAAUCAAGACAUAGGAAGAACUUGUUUACUGCAACAUUCAUUCUCAAUAAAUUUAAGUCUGUGGCCUAAAAGGAACUUAUCAAGUAACAGAAAAAGCUGACCAGCAAAUUGGCCAGUCUGCAAAGGAUAAUUUGAAAGAAAAUAUUGCAGACAAAUCAGCAGCAAUGUAAAGAAGAGGAUAAAUUUUCAUGUACAGAAAGAAAACACAAAUAGUUAGCAGUGAUAUGAUCUGUAAUAACCCAUGUACAAUGCCAUUGUUCCAGAGUCCCUCUGGAUAAAGUGGAGUGUGUUACUUUUAGCACUAGUUGUUUGGUCCAAGGUUUUAAAAUGCUCUUUCUGAAUGAUUAAGGUAUGCUAUCAUACCUGCUUCCAUUCAUCACAUAACCAGAUGAUUCAAAUGUAACAAUCUCUUCACUUGUAAGCUCGAUCUCACCACAGUGAGGGAUUCGCUUGCCUUUCUUCACAUACUGUGCCAUCGCUUCACCCUCAACAGGUGGCAGAGCUCCACCAAAGCUUUUGAAAAAGGACAGAAAUUAAUAAACACAAAUGAACAGAAGAUUUGUCAUGGUGACUCAGAUGCCUCAUAUUCGUUUUGGGCUGUGUGCAGUUGCAGAAUGAAUGCGUAUCAAUGUAGUAAUGUUCUGUAGGGUUGAUGGAGGACCCUCUCAGGACUGCAAAAAUAGGCAGAUGGUAACAGAUGGUAAAGGAGGAUUUGGGGAUCUAGUGUCCAAACUUGGACACUAACGUUUAAGAGUCAAAUUUUGGACAUUAGUUUUAGAUUUUGGACACUAGUGUCCAAAUAUGGGAAGUAGCUUCUGGUUUUGGACACUAGUGACUGAUUUCAAACACUGGUGUCCCAUUUGAAACUCUAGUAUCUGAAGUUUCUUAAACUGGCCCAUUUUGAUAUGAGUACUCACCAGUGGGAACAAAUGCAAAUUGGCUGCCUACUAACAACGUUUUGAACAUUUGUCACUCUGGAGUCCACUAUUCUUGUUCACUGCAGAACAGCAAACUAGUUACUGAGUAAAGGGAGCAAGAUUUGAUAGAAACGGUGGUGCUGCAUUGGUGGAAGAGUAUAACAGGGUGAUUUAGUUUUAUCAACUGAGUUGAUAAUGUAAAUUAGACACCAUAAAGGGUUUAAAAGCUGAUUUUUUGAGCAUUAGUCCUUCUUCUGCGCACAACUUACGCUUUAAAACUCUUGAUGGUGGCCAAAUUUUUCAAUAUUAACUCAGUUGAUAAUACUUAAUUACCUAGUAACUGAAUAAACUGGUCCAGUCUCAAAUCACGUCAUAAUCUACCAAUAUCAUUGUUUUUUACAGGACAAGAUUCAAUAGUUCAUAAUAUCAGUUGCACUUUCUGUGAUUGUGAUGAUAUUUGUACUUACUCUGUAAUGUCUUGAUUGCCUGCAUCUUGCAUCAGUGAAAGAGGCCUAGUGACACCAUUGCCUCCCUCUUUAUUUUGUCUAUAAUGACAAGAAGACAAAUUAAUUGAAUGUCCCCUUAAACCCUUUACACCCCACCAUCAGUAUGUAUAUUCUCCAUAAUGUUCUCUAUACUAAAUAAGGUGCUGAGAAGGAGAAUUUGUUUCACAAUCUUUGGUUGGUGAUCAUUUUCUUUUUUCUUGUGACCUUGAUGUUUGAUACAGGGGCGACAUUGUAAGAUACAGUACAGCUCAGAGAUACUCAGACAAAAAGCACACAAAUGUGUGUAACUUUUCAAAAUGCUCUAAAAAACAUGUUCAAAAGAAGCUCAUUAGUAUGUAUGUACAACAGUCAAGAGGUCGAGCUCUGCAAUACCAACACGUGUAACUUAAGACUGUACAGUCAGUAGUGAAAGUACUGCAUUGAGUGACACAAAUGAUUUAACCCUCUCCACCCUAACCACAGUAUGAGUAUCCUCCAUAUUGUUCUCCAUACAUUUCCUCAGGUGCUGACAAUGAGACUUUGUUCAACAAUCAAGGGCUUCUUUAGUUGGUGAUCAUUUCUUUCAUUCUGGUGACCUUAAUGUCGGAUUCAGGAGUAAUAAUCUAAGGAGAAAUUAGAUGCUUGUCACUCUUAGGGGUCAAAUGGUUAAUUUUAGAAAGAGAAUCAUCACUGGUUCUUUUUACUUACUCUUUUUCAUCCUGUCUGCAGCUUGAGCCAUCUUAGUAAGCUCACCAUCAGGACUAUCAAAAUACAAAAAAUACUUCAUAUUAGAAAACCUAAAAAUUGAUAGACACUUAAUGCUCUCCUUGAAUUAAAACUCUCCUUUGUAAUAUAUAUUUUUUCUUUUCAAGUGUCCUAUGGGCUUAUUCCAAUAAAUCUGCCUAAAAAGAAAAGGUUUUCUUUUCUUUCAGAAUACAAAGAGAGUUGCGUCUAUUUAUUGCAGCAAUGAUUUACACAGAAAAUGUGAUGUAAACAAUAAUUCAAUAUACCAAUUUAUUUUAAUUGGGGACUCAAGGCUGUACUCUAGCGGCGCCCGGUCGCCUCAGGCGACUAACAUUUGGUCUCGAGCGACUGAAAAAGAAAAGCGGUCGCCCGUCCGGGCGCAUUGAUUUCGGCUUGUGUGAAAAUCCGAAACGAAACCAGCAAACGUAUAGAAACGGAACGGAACGAAACAAAAAGAAACUCCAUCGUGCUCCCCGGCUCCCGUUAGCCCGAAAAGCAAAAGCGCUGAAAGCACAGUGCAAUCAAUAGCCUGUGUGAUCUGUACAUUUAGGUUAAAUAUUAAGUUAGGUCACGGGUCUUGUUUCGCUUCGGUGGUUUCUCUUCCGGUUUAUUCAUAUAGUACAUGGCCCAGGUUUCUUGUCCAUUGAACGACGCGAUAAAGCGAGCAACUGAUUGUAACUAACAUUUUAUAAUUUUACUUGCUAAUUUGAUGACAUUUGCAGAACUAAAAAAUAUUCGGCAGGACAACAACAAGAAUUGUUCACGCUCAAACUUGUCGCGUGUGUUAUGUAAUAUUGUUUCACAUGAUUUAGCACGAAAAAUUAUUUUUUCCUUACCCGUGAGAAACUGUACGAUUUUUGCACAAGCAUGUGUUGAAGAUCUAAUUUUUCUAUUGAAGUGGCUGAUGCUUAUAUUUAAUUUUUGUGUUUCAACAGUUUCAAUAGUGGAGCGCGUGAUUAAUAAAACGAAACCGUCCUUUAUGCAAAUUUGUGUUUAUUUAAUUAGCUUCGUCCGUGGCAUGCAAGAUGUUUAUCAGGACCAUAUUUGGCGACUUGCUCGCAAUUGUAAUCAUUCGAUCAAAAUUUGACGAAAACGAAACUUUAAUAUAAGAACCCUUUUGUUUCGAAACCUAUUUUAGUGGUCUUCAAUAUGGCGUGACAAUGAGGAGGUCUGAAAGCAUAGUGGAAAGAUAAAAUUAGAAGAUCCUCGCAGCUAAGAACACUACUGAAACGAGUAGUUGUAAGUAGGACCUGAAAAAUGUUUGUAUUAUUUGUACCCAAUUCAUUUACCAGCUCCCAGUUGGCUUGUUAGCUCAAUUGGUAGAGCGCUGUACCGGCAUCGCAGAGGUCAUGGGUUCAAAUCCCGUACGGGCCUGAAAUUUUUUUCAGGUCCUACUUACAACUACUCGUUUCAGUAGUGUUCUUAGCUGCGAGGAUCUUCUAAUUUCAUGUAUGUGGUUAAUUUAUAACAGGAUUUCACGAUAUCACAAGUUCGCCAAAAUAGAGUACGUGACUGCUAAAUAUAGUAACUCGCUUCGCCGCCCGUGCCCGGUGAAGUGAAUAUUGAACAUGAAACUGUUUGGCAACUAUAAAAUGGAUUAUUAAUUAAUUAAUCAAUCAAUUAAUUAUUAAUUAAUCAAUUUGGGCGACCAACCUGGAAGGCUGGGCGACCUACUUGUCAUGGUUUGGCGCCCAAAGGGCGCCCUGAAAAUUUUCCUAAAGCACAGCCUUGGGACUACCUCUAGUGAGGAGUUUUUUAACUCAAAAAUUUUAACAACCAAAAAAAUUUUCAUCAAAUUUCUGGAAAAGUUUUGUUCAUUGGUUACUUGUUACAGUCAACAUACUUUGGUGGAGGUUCUCUUGGGGACAAACCCCAAACUUCUAUGGCCCCAGUAGCACUGAUCUCUUCAUCUUCCUUUCAACGUCUGCAAUGGUUGAAAAGCAACUUUUUUAAUAAGAAAAAAUAAAUAAUUACAUACAUGGUUUUCAAGGUAACUCUAUCAACUCUUGCAGCAAUUACUUAAGAUAUCUUCUCUGGUUGUUGACAAGCAAAUUGUUAGUAAUGCUUCUAGGGUUCAGUAAAUUGCUGGCCAUCACUUUCUGGCCAGUAAUUUAAGUUACAUAACAUUCUAAAUGUACAAAGAAUGGGGCCAUUGUAAUUUGGACAAGCCUAUUUGAAAUCAUAGUGGCCAAGCACUCACAAUAACAAAUUACAUGUAAAGCUUUGAAGUACAAGAGAGAUCGAUUAAUUGCCUUAAGAUGAUUCUUCAGUUUUGUACUGCACAUCCUGUACUGCACAUAAAAAUCACAUAAUUAGGGGAAUGAAUGCAAGUGCAUUUUGAGAACACAGUAUUGUUUUUCAAUCCAUGGACUGGGUAAAGAGGUAUGAUGGUCUCUGAUUCUUGAAAGAGCACUGUAAUCUAUUUGUUUUGCAUAAUUUUGGUGAGCAAUUUAUUCCCUUUAAAUUGGGGAAAUUAAAACUUCUUUGAAGGGGAAAAAAGGUAAAGCUGAAAGCAUGCACAAAGCCGUAACUCAAGGAUGCAAACUACAACCUUGAAAGGUACAACUCAAGGAAUAAUUUGAGUCGAUGUCCCUUAAAUUUCUGCAAUUUUCCCACAAAUCUUCUAUUAGUUGUUCCAUUUGCUCAAAUCUUUCUUUCUAUCAAGUUAUUUUAAAGUGUUACUUUAAAAACCCUUGCUUCCAGUUGCAGCAAAAUGUAUUGUGGACCAAUGAAAUAAUGAGAGUGAUUUUUGCCAGUACAGGCAUAAAUGGGGUAAGUUUGGCACAUUAUAUAUCCUAUACAAGCAUGGUGACCUAUCUUUUUUAAUGUAUUUUUUGAAACAGACAUUGUUAAAUUCACCUUAAAAGUGAAUCCACAGGGAACACGACCAACUACUAUGCAAUUGGUACUCAUGUACUCCACAGACUGAACGUUGGUUAGGCAUUUUUGUGAUGCACUGGUGUAUAAAGAUGUAAGAAAUUUUCUAAAGAUGUUAUUCAUCUAUUCACGAGCACAGGACAAAACUGAAUACCACACCAUGGAAUUCCAUACUCUGAUGCUCUAUCACUGAGCUACAGAAAAUUCUCCCAAAGGUAAACUGCAGUUCUCAUUAGCUCAGUAAAACAGAGGAAUAAGUGUUAUGGCUUAUGAUGAGUUGAAUCCCCGACCUCUGGAUUCAUUGCCAUGGGGAUACAGAGAAGUAUGGGAUUCUCUUUAACUCAGAGGAGCAUGGAAUCCAAAGGUCUGCCAUAAUAUUCCACAUCAAUAUUGGGACUCACUUUUCUUUACUUGUACCAUGCUUAUGACAUGAGAAAAAAUAUAUAUACUUACUUAAUUCAUUACAGUGCUUAAAAUUUAUUAUCUUCUUUGUAGUUUGUUUACUCAGUCAACUAAAUGAGGAAAUGAUUGUAUUCUCAUGAAAUAUGAGUAUAUUGAGAUAUGCAACCCAGCUAUCCAUGAAACUCUCUGGUGUUGGUUUCCUUUUUCUCCAAUGAUGCCUAUAGUUAAAGCAUAAUAGAUUUGAAUAAUGUACACCUUCCUAUGCGUCAGCCAACAGAUCUGACAGAUUAAAGAUUCAUUUCUGGUCAUGUCACAUCUUACUUCUACUAGUGUUUUUAAAGUUUUUAAUGCAUUAAAUUGUUUUAAUUGUCAAUAAAACUAAAUGUGUUGGUUGAUUAGAGUCAAAGAAGGAUAAGAUUUUGGCAAGAUUUUAAGCAAUGUGAAUCAAUCCGAAGCGAAUUUUCCUCACGAAAUUUUGGUGUGUCAGCAUUAUUCAAUCAGGGCAUUACAUUCUAAAAAUUAAUUAUCAUAUUCGGUUGAAUGUAAACUUCGCAAUUAGCUUUAGUUUAAAACGAGUAGCAUUCAAUCAGCUACAUAGCCCUUAUUUUAAAUUGAAUGAUAACGUCUUAUCGAUUCAGUUGAAGUAAAAUUAUUACUUACAUGUUUGAAUGAUAGCGCUCUCUGCUUUGGCUUCUCUCUCUACUUCGACUACGAUUUCUUGAUUUUGAGCGAGAUCCAGAACGUGUAUGGUAAAUGUUUUGGUGGACGUAUAGACUACGGUAUCGAUUUAAGACACAAGUCUCUCCAUAUCUUGACAUUAUUAUAAUUUAAAACUUGCAAAAUCCGCAAUGAUACGAGCACGAAGUGACCUAGAUAGCAAUAGGAAAAUGGUGACGAGCUUGUAAUUCCAGGGCCCACGCGGUCGACGUUUCGGCGUCAUGUAAUAACUCUCUCAAAACGUAUCUUUUUCGUUUCACAACACAUUUGGCUCAUUUUGAAGAAACGAUGAUUCAUAUUUUUCUUUGAAAAAUUUUAAGCGUACCAUUAUCGAAUUCAUUAGCUAAGUCCUUUUGCGUGAUACAAAUCUUUGUCGCAAUCUUAUGAGUCACUAUCCAUGUCACUUUACAUAGCCUAGGAGGCAAGACAACAUGGCGAUCCAUGUUAUGUAAGUGACCAAGAACGAACGAAGAACGUGAUUUGUCGCCUAUACGAUCUGAUUUGAGGUAGUGGAGUCUUUGUUAAAUCUAAUUCAAAACACUUCCGUCUUGAAUAUGUCUUAAUUCUUAUUCUUUACCAUGGAAGAUCUCUCUAAUCAUGUCAACUGCUUAGGAAAAUGUGGUUGUUCAUCAACACCAUCAACUUAUGCUCAGUCUCUCUCUGAAAUGGACUUUGAGAGAGGAAUCUGGUAACUCUGUUUACGUCCCCAUCCAGCGCAGCUUAGGGAAUUGUUGGACAAGGGAACAGACCCUAAUUCAAGGAAUGGCUCGGGAUAUACAGCGUGGGUAAAUCAUUUCCUUAAGCGCCGAUCAAUUCCAAGCUUCAAGAGCCCACUGCUCCCCCUUUCGGGACGACCCACGCCAUAAUAAUAAUAGAAAACGAUGUUGUUUUCGGUAGUUGGUUAUUGACAAAUCCCAACCCCACCUCUAUACAGGGGACACUUGUUCUGUUCCCGAGGGUGUCUCAUGAAUGGGGCUCUCACAGUAUUUCCUACUUACCUACCCCCAGCAACUGCACCUGCCCAAUCUAAUUGUGAGAUAGAAGUUUGCAAUUGAUUCUCACAGGUGAGCUACAGUGAAAAAAAUAGCAGAGAAAAGGCUGGACAAAUUGUAACUUGUCUGCCUUAUGCUACUUGGCUGUUUCUACCAACUCAGUUAUGAAGCUCAAUGUCAGAAGCAGAGCAGAGAGUGGUCUUCAUUUCCACGUGGGAAAGUUUGAGAAACAUGGGUCACUUGUGCAGUUUACAACUUACCAGUUGUUUUGAUUGUCUUUUGUAAAGGAAAUCAUAACAGUAUUUUUUUUACUCAAACCAAAGUCAUUGGACCUUGAAAACAAAUAGGAGUUUGGCAAAGAAUUAUCAAUGUGAUGUAUGGGUUAUCUACCUGUAUCUUUUUUCCUUCACAGCAUUAUGCUAGCUGCAGUGGCCAUGAAGAGGUGUGUCAGUUGCUCCUGAAACAAGGAGGAGAUGUGAAUGCCCAGACAAGGUCAGGCAAAGUAUCAUCGCCACACAGGGCAGCAUACUCUGGUCACAUGUCAGUGAUAAACCUACUUAUCAAAUAUGGUGCUGAUCCAAGACUUUGUGAUAGUGAUGGACAAAUCCCUUUUCACAAGGUAAUAAUGAAACUUUUGUGGUUUGAAAUGAAUGUAGGUCAAAGUGGUUCGAUAUAGUGUUCCCUUUGUUUCAGAAAAAUUAUUGUCAGUGAUUCUUGAACAAAGGAAAACUACAAAACAAUGGACCUAGAUCUAAAUAAUUUAAAAAUGAGUCUCAAUACUGUAAACAUCUACAUAUAAGCCGCACUUUUUUUAACAAAAUUGAAGCCAAAAAUCAAGGGUGCGGCUUAUCCGUGGAUACAUCUGUGUUUGGAGUUCUCAAAAACCUAAUUAAUAUUCAUAAAACUCCUAAAGGAGCCAUUUGUGUCUUCAAGUGUUUAUCAGCGAAUCUUGCUCUCCAAGAGUUCUUUCAAGUGAUUAAUUUUUGCUUUACUCAAACAACUUUCAUGGCAAAUUUGUCGACUGCAUUAUCAGGCUCUUGUUCUGCAUAAAGUUUUUCACCUAUUGCGGGUUUCCAAACAUCUUUACACACUACCAGACUACUCCCAACAUUUAAAGCUUGGUUACUGAGCACUUGUUUUUUUUUCUUUUCUGUUUCACUUUCUUUAGACUUGAUAAAUGUGAAAGAUAGCCACAACUUCUAUGUCAGUGUUUUGAAACCUUGAUUGUUUGUAGCAAUACAACUCUACUGAAACUUCAAACUUUAUUGUUUUUAUUUUUUUCCAAAUUCUGCGCUUCCAAAUUCUGCGCUUCCAAAUCGGGAGAGCGGCUUAUCUUCGGAUGCGGCUUAUACAUGGAUGUUUACGGUAUAUCCAUGCAAAGUAGGCAUGUAUGUUUUGCUCAAUGGUGAUAGAACAAUUAUUAUAUUAUAUAUAAGAAAUCUUGUUAACCUUUUCACUCCCAAGAUCUUGUUAGUGAUCAUUCUCCUCACUCUCUGUCAUAAAAUACUUAUUAUGUUAGUUUGGAGAAGUUGGUAUUGGAUCAACUAAUGAUCCCCUAUAUAAUGGUUUUCUUUACUGUCAUCACUUUUCUGAUUGAUAUUGUAUUGAUAUGGAGAAAUUCUGUCUUGGAGUUAAAGGAUUAACAAUAUUUUUCCAGGAUGUUGAGAAUAGUUUUUUUCUCUUUUUCAGCAAGGAUACUCUGUUAAUUACCAGAAAAAAACAGUUUUUUAUAUUGCUUUGUCUUUUCAUUACCAUCAUGAAGAUAUUACACAUUCCCCCCCAGAGGAGACUAGCUGGUUCUAGUUGCAAGUGUGGGGUCAAUGUCAGUAUCUGAGCAACUAGGCACCUACCCCUCCCCUAACCAAACAAAAGUCAACUGACAUCAAGUUACGUUUAGUGUUGCUGUAAUUGAUCUCAAGUGUGCUGGGCGGUCAAAGAGGAUGUGAUGUAAUCCUCAGCUAAAGAGAGCAAGUCAAUCUCUAAAAUUUCUUGAGUACUAGUACUGAAAAAAAAAUUGUAAAAAUUGUAAGCAAAGAAAAUCCAGACUCUCAUCAGGUUGUAGAGCAGUGGACUGCCCUGAAGAAGGUCAUGGGUUUGAGCCCUAGACUGGACCAACACUCAGGGUCUUAAAACAACUGAGGAGUAUGUGCUGCCUUUGCUCUGACAACUACAAAUGAUUAGACAUUGUAUUCUUCUUGGACGAUAAAGUACAUCUUCUAUCAAAUAGUUAGCAGGGGAUGUAAAAGAACCCAUGCAUUUCACACAAAGAAUAGGGAACAUAGCUCCCAGUGAUGUGGUCUGACCUUGUGUCUAAAUAUUCCUAAAUUGGGGGCACCUGCAAAAAUUUCCCUCCAAUGUAAAAUAUUCAAUGCAGUCGGGCCAUAGUCCCCUGCAAAGUGUUGUAAAGCCCAUUAGAGCACCUAUCAUUAUGGAGAAUGCACCAUAAAAAAGUUAAUGCAUUAUUUUCAUCAGCAUCAUCUCUAUCAGGACUCAGUCCAAUAAUGCAGCCUCUCUAUUAUUAAAGGCAUACUCAACAUCUUCUUACUCUACCUCCUCAAACAGCAAAGGACUCACACUCUCAGAUGCUUUGUUGGGACAUGCACUCCCUCUUAAUGUUGGUUUUAAGAUAGCAUAGAGGCAUUGGCAACUAACAACAUUUGAAAGGGGAGCAGGGAGAGAGAACAUCUUGAACGUUUUCAAGGAGAAGUGUCCCAACUUACUCUGUCAGGGAGUGUGGGUUGUACUUUGGAGUCAACUUUAUAAUACCUCAACUUGCCUUGCUCUCCAUACAUGGUCUAUUAAAGAUUUGUGAUAAGUAGGACUCCACUUUGUACCCAAUUAAACAAAAUAGCUGGUUAGGGAAUCAAACUCUCAAUGUAGGAGCUUACAGUACUAAAAUUAAUUAUUUCUUUUGCCUAAAUUGCAGGCUGCUGAAAAGUUGCACAAAGAAGUUGUAAGAUUGUUUGUUGAGUUGGAUUUCAGUCUUGUAAACGUGAAAGAUAAAAAUGGAAGAUUACUUUCUGACCUGGUAUCCUUGAAAGAACUUGCCUUGUUAAAAAUGUUUUAGCUACAAGAAACAGUUAUACACAGUCUAGCACUCAACUUGUUCUUAUCUAGGUGUAGUCCAUUCUUAAGAUAUGGAACUGCUUUUUCAUGUUGGUUUUCAUCAAGUUUCUUUCCAUUUUUUUAGGAUAAUAGACUACAGGUAGUUCCUGCUUUUCAGCAAAGUCAGUUGUGCAAGUGAAAAACAAUGGACAUCACCUAAAGGAGGGAUUGACCAUUGUUUCUCAUGAUGAGUGUAACCAUGCAUUGUAUGCACUUUUGACAGAGGUUUUGUAAAAAAUGUUUUUAAGGGCUUUAUACCAGUAUUUGCUCUCAUGAUACCUUGAACACCAGAAAGCCGGGAUGUGGUUACCUUGGACAAGAAGAGCACUUAAACAUAAAUUUGUGCCAAUGAGGGUGUGAGCCUGUCAUGAAUAGAGAAAAUGUUGAGCAGUUUUAUAGAAUUAAAUUUUUAAUAACACAAAAUAUUUGAAAACAUUUUAAUUGCAAAGGAAUCAUGAGAGAUAGAAAUCAUGUUAAGCUGGAUAUUGGUACUAGAUAAAGCAUGUGAUCCUUCAUAGAGUACAAUCAGGGUUUAAAAACCUUGUAACCAAAAAUCAAUCUGAAGUUAAUGACCUGAGAAUUUUAUUAAUAUUAAUCUUUGUAUGGCCCAAUUCAGACAUCUUUCAUAGACAAAGAUUGGUUAAGAAUAAAUAUAUCUUGUUGGGAAAAAGCUCUGAACAAACUCUUCUCUUCAUCAUGUACUCAUUUCAUUUUUAUGUCUAACGACAGAACUUUAUAAUUUUUGCCUAUGUUGGCAGAAUUCUAAUGACAUUGCUGGAGAGAUUAGUGCCAUAAAAUUAUAUUCAGAGGGCCUUCUUGUAAAGUAAUAUGUUGAAAACUGAUGAAGAUGUAUCACUGCAAAGUCUAAAAAUUUUACAGAUGUAUGUUUAGUUACCCUUUGAUGUCUUAAUCCUUUGCACCUUCACAUCAAGACGUAGUUUCUCCAUACUGCUCCUUGUAUAUUUUUUAAGGCAUUGGGAAGGAGAAGUUGUAUUUCAAUCGUGAGCUUCUUUAGUUUUGAUAAUUCCUUCAUGAUUGAUUCAGUUGUGUUGCUACAAGGAGAAAUCAGAUCUUCGUCACUCUGAGGAGUUGUAGGGUUAAGGAACCCUCACAGCAUUGUUAAAUCAACAAAAGUGGACUUUGAAGUUCAAAGUUGUUAGCAUAAAUGAGAAUGAAUUAUUUAGUUUGAGAGAAAACUGUCACAGCUAUCUGCUUUCAAAUUAGAACUUUGUGUGCGCUGCUUAAAUAUCCUGCAGAGCAGGCUUAGUUUUGCCGGGGCAGUGGUCAGUAUUUUCUUAUAAUUAGUGAAAAUUAUAAUGCAAGCUGCCAUUUUUAAAAUUUUAUAGCAGUAGAAGUCUAGGAAGAGAGAAAAUCUUUUACUAAGGGGGUGAUCGAUGGUCAAAAGGAAGGAGAGGGAAGGGGGUGGGGCAAUCUCCUGCCUUCUACUCUUACUCUAAACCAAACAAAUUGGCCGGUUACAUAGAUCUUGCCCUGCAUGGAAGCUUGCACCGCAGGUUAUUGCCACAAUGGAUCGUUUAAACUUUAUGGACUAUAAUCUGUAUAAUCCAGUUGAGACUCCCGCAAACUCAAGAAUUUCCUGAAUAAGAACAUGGUUCUUGUUUGAAGAUAAUGUUAGCAACCGUAGAACUUCCUACGAUCCAAAGUGGUGGCUAACAGAAAAUUCAAACAUUCUUUUUGCUUAUAUUUGCUUCUACUUUUGAUAUAUUUUAGAUCUUGUUUCCCAUUUUUUCUAGCGAUUCUUCGUGAUACAAGACAUUUUCAUCAGUUUCAUGGACAUUUGCUUUACCAGUGGAGGCUUGUUUGCUGAACUCAAUAGCGAGGAACUCCCUUCCCCUUCCCCCCUGUUGUUUAAGCGUCCGAAGAAUGUCGCGACUUUAGGGUCUUGUUUUCUUCUCGUCCGGGUAGAAGUCUUUCUUAACCCUUUGACCCUUAAGACUGACCGGCAUCUACUUUCUCCUGAAAAUAAAGUCAAACAUUAAGGUCACGAGAAUAAAGGAAACGAACACCAACUAAAGAAGCUAUUGAUUGUUAAAAAAUUAUCCUUGUUAGAUCCUCGGAAAAUGUUUAGAGAACAGCAUAGACAGAAGAAUAUGCCAUAGCAAUGUUGGGGUGUAAAAGGUUAAUAAUUGAUUGGCAAAAUUUAAGGUAGUCCUAACUCGAGGAACAAUAUUAUUUCGCUUCUGUUGACAAAACAUCCUUUUUCACUGCGAGGAAGAGGUUCCUGUUACAGUGGUUGGGGCCUUGGUGAUCUUUUUCUGUGAUUACUUUUAUCUCCACAACGCUGUUUAUACCACUUGCGUGGAUAUUUUACCCAUUUUACUGACCUCGUGCCAGUUGGUUCGAUGGCUUUCGAUUGUCUGGUACCUUUUAUUGGUCAAAAUAAUGUGAAAGGGUGCAUUGCCCCAUUAGUAGUCAAAGUAAAGAAACCAAUCAGACUAUUUCUCUCAGAAGGACACAAAAAAUGCAGCUGAGAAUGAAAAGAAGAAACAUGGUCAACACUGGACUUAAGUGCUAAACUAACAGUCUGCGUAUUGGUUAGGGUCACUGGUGAUAUUUCUUUAUCUCUUCAACGUUUAUUCCUCAAACUUCAAGCUAUUUUACCAAUUUUACCGAGCCUCUUGCUUCGAUGGAGUUUGGCUAACUGAUCCAUUUUAAUGAGAAAAAGAAAACGAAAAAACCUGAAAGGGCCAUUGCAACGAUUAGCAGUCAAAGAAGAGCAACCGAGAAGACUUUUCUUCUAAAAAUACACACUUCCAUGAAAAUGUACAGCUGAGGAUGGAAAAAAAGAUAGGAUGUUGUGGCCACCGCUGGAGUUAUGUGCUAAAAGGAGAUCCGAAUUUCGGAAAAUAGGUUUACAAAACGUGUUUCGACAUUAUACAUGUUGUCUUCAAAUGCUCGCAUGACAAUUUAAAUUUAACUUUGCAUAUGACGACAACGGCGGCAGUUCCUCUUUUACGUGAUACAAUGUUAUUGGGCAAGUAAAUAUGAAUAGGUACAAAUUUAUAACUGAGCAAAUAAAAAAAAAAUAUUAAAAUAUUAUUUUCAUGAUUUGACGUAAAUGGAUGAAAAGAAUCUGAUAAAAUUUUAGGCCCCUGCCUUAAGGUAUAUUGCAAACUUGUAGAAGAUUGUGUUACUAUCGAAUCAAUUUACAAAACCCUACGUUAUGCGUGACCCUGAAGGCAGCCGCGGAUAUCAGUCCAAAUGUGUCGACGAGCAAAGCGUGUCUUGAUUCUUGAUAAUCAUUGAUUUUUGCCAGACUUAUUAAUUUUCCCCCCUUCUAACAGCCAUGUCUGUUGUCGAAUACUGUAAGCUAAAGCAUCAGUGUACCAAGGAAAUUAAUUGGGAAUUUGAAAGUGAGUUGUUGAUACUUACUUACAAAGAUCUUACCAGUUGUAAUUCAGAAGACGAGAUCACAGACGUUAAUUCGUUUCUCACCAAACUGGAAGAGAGGAGUCUUCUUGGAAUUGAUCGUUUUCAUAUAUUGAAGGAUCUCCUAAAAGGGAUGAGAAAAUGGGAUCUUCUUCGAAUGGUGGACGAAUUUGAAAUUAAGAGAAAGGACUACAAACAGUUUCUGGAGAAGAUAAGUUGUGCACUCGACGAGUCCAAUGAACUGCAACGACUUAUUUUAAUCUGCAAAAGACAAAAUCUGAUAGCUCAUGACAGAGAGGAACACAUUGGAAAUGUCAAUGCAUUGUUCACAGAAUUAGAAAAACAGAAUAAUCUGGGGAUAGGAAACCUUAAUAUCCUGAGAAAUCUAGCAACUGAAGUGGAGAAACCAGAGUUGUGCCGACUUGUGGAUGACUUCAAUGAGAAAAGAAAACAAGAAGACGAUGCCGAGAGGAAAAGGAAAGAGUGGGAGGACUACAAACUAAGAGCACGAGGUAAGCGAUAGUUUCUAACUGAAUUCCUUCUUUUCGAAACAGUUCCUCGACCAAACGUUUAAUCCUUAUAAUCGAACUUAGUCAAUUGAAUUUUGGGAUACUUAGUGUUAUGUUAAUUGCCAGACCUCAGUUUAAUAUCAGUUCAACCGAUUGUCGGAGAAUGUAAUGAGAACUGUAAAAUUAGAAACUAAGCUGACGAAGAUAACUUGCAGGAAUAUAUCGUCAAUCCGAGUAAGUAGCCACAUUGACUUGCCUAGAAGGAUGAAAACCAAGUUUAGACGACCAGCCAAAAUGUAAUGGCUACGUUGCCAGUUGCGAGGCGAGAUAUUCCAGAUAUUUCACAAAGGUUUUUGCUUAAUUAUAGGCUCAUAGCGUGCGUAGACGUGCGAACCUUUUUUAUCAAUUUAUCUUUGAUUUUACUGAUGGUACAAUUAGGUAGCACCCUCUUGAAGGAAUCGAUAGAGUGCUGGGAAGAAAUGUUUAGACAAUAUGGCGGGCGAAUAAACAUUAAUUUCGUUCCCAGGACCUCGUUUGUGUUCUCUUAAAGAACGGCGAGAAGCUGGUAUAUGACCGCUGUAUUUGCUGUAGUGGUUGAGUCGGAAAAAGCUUUUUAGUUGCUUCUAUUCCUUGAAGCAGGUGCAAGGAGUGAGGUUUUACCUCACUGCUGAUCAGUUCAUCCUUUACCAUGACAUUAAAAUGAGCUUAGAUAUUCUCCAUUCUGUUAUAAUACAUUUGCUGUGGCACUGAUUAGGGGAAUUUAGUUAACAAUCAAGGGCUUACCAAGUUUGCGAUUAUUUCCUUAAUUCAUGGGCCAGAUGUUUUAUUCCGCAGCGAUACUGCAGUGAUCAUCAGGGGUUAACUAGUUAAUUCACCAGUGAUUAGAUGACCCUGCUGAUCGUAAAUCUAAGCCAGAUACAUGAAAAGUCUGUAAUGAGAAGUAUUUCAUAGAUCAAUGUUCACGAUUUCUCUCCCUGAUUAAUUAUUGAUUAAAUAAUGAUUUAUUAAACGUUCCAGCUCAGGCCGCUUCUGUUCUUGUUGGUGGAAUAAACAUUGGAGAAAGAUUAAUUGGAGGUAAAAGAGUUUGUUAAUUUAUUUUCCUGAGUGACAAAGCCAAAUUGUAUGGAACCUGAAACCUUAGACAGUAAAAACCGUAACGUAAAGAGUCAUUGUGUGGCUAUUGCAUACUUAAGACCAACAUUGUCACCCUAACCAGAAAGUUAGAUGUAAAGAUGGGAACCAACAUAUAAAUUUGCUCAAUUUCUACAAAAUAAACAUGGAAAUUGCUGGGUCUAGACUUGUCAACUAUUUGUUAAAGUGCUGUCCUAGGAAAACUCUGGUUAGUUUUCACUUUAUUUUGUAAUAGUUGUCACCAAUGUUGCGUUUCGCAGCAAGGCUAUGUAGGCAAUUUUUAACCAAUAGAAUAAUAAAAGAGGAAAAGUUGAGUUAAGUACAUGUAAACCCUUCGAAAUAAAUUCGAGUUUUUGUUACUCUCACACAAAACGAGUUAAGUAUGAAAAUGUUACUUAAUACGUUUUACAACCCUUCAACUUACAAUUAUUGUGAGCUUUCACAGAGCAAAACUGUCAAUUUAUGUUUAGAUAUCUCUGGAUUUGUCGUAGUUCUUAGUUUUGGAGAUUCGGAGGUAGUAAUUAGGUCUUUAGACCUAAUUUUGAGCCAUGCACUGCUGGGUAUUUAUUUUAGUGCGUAAACAUUCGAUUACUGUUUUUACAUGUAAGAAAUUCUUGGAUGGAUAAGGAACAAUCGUACAAAAUUUCAUUUCUCAGACAGAACUGUCUGCAAUUGCGUAUUGAAAGUAUGUCAAAAAUUGCGUCGAUCUUAUAAAAAUCCCAUCAAAAUUUGCGCAGAAAAUGAAAUUCUAGUGAACAGUGUCGCGACACGCAGUUUGCAACUGAAUUUAUACUAGAAUUAUCUCAUUGCUUUCAACACCCCUUUAUUGCUACCAACAACCGAAGUUUUACGGACAAAUGUAAAAUAAUGACAAGAUCCAGUGUUAUCCUGUGGAUUUACGAUUAGCAAUUUGAGGUUCCCUCUCGUAACUACGAUUUGUUGUACAUUCGCAAAACUAACGCCUUCAAACUUCCUGCGAAAAUUUUUCACAUUUACUGGUCAAGUUAAAACAGAAAAGCUAAUUUGUAAUAGUAUAGUUUACGUACAGUGUUCUAAGCUGGAAGCAAGAAUACUUUUAGUGACAUUUGCAGUUGCCUGCUGGUUUAUCCAGGUUUAUCGUAAACAAAUUCUACUCUGCUACUAGCGACUGAUUCCAAUAUUUCUGCUAAUGAGUAAAAAUAGACGGCAUUUACCUUUUCAGUGUCGAAAGCAAAUAUUUCAUGGGUCUCUGAAGUUCAUGCCUGAGGCGCGUUGACUCUACUAAAUUUUGGAAGUUACCCGUGCAAUGGAUUUGGUAGCUGAGAACCUUAGAUGCUCAAAUGCACCCAAUUGUAAUGCGCGACAAGCCCUAACCUACAAAAUGUUUACUUCAAUGACUCUAAACUCUGUUAAUCACCGACCCCUCCUUUCCCAUGAUAAUUUGAGGCCAUGUCCAGCUUUGUCUGCUGGCUGGGUAAUACACAAGCCACAGUUAGUGGCAUUUCCCAUGCUAGAUUAUCCCAAACUGUAUCAUAUUUAAGUUUUAGUAUCCCUUGUCAACCAACGGCUACACUGGAUUUCUGAUUUUGCUAACCUUAAAAAGAAAUGUCACGAAGGAAAACCAUUUUCCCUUUGUAGUUACGUAUGAGUUUUCAAUGGAGAAUCGUGAUUGGCCCUUAUACCUUGAACAUCAAAACACCACCACCUUUAAUGUCAUGGGCGCUUUGUUUAAUUUUUUGGCGUAUCCAUAAAUAUUUACCCGUGAAAUUUACCUCGGAGAAUUACUGGUAACACUCACUAAGUGCAGUUUCACAUUGUAAAAGGGUCACUUAUCACGAUAAAAAAAAGCCCCGUGUAACCGUACCCUAAGAGAGCUAGGGUGCUUACCAUUUACCAAAAAAAUCUGGAAAUUUCGGUCGAAAAUCAAAUGGAACAGUAAGGGUGCUUACCAUUUGUCAGAAUAAACCAGUUGGGACGACUGUUGAAUAAUGGUAAGGGUUUUUCCAAAAUCAGCAAACCAACCGAACGAGAUAGCGCUUACCAUUUGCAGUUCGAUUUCCCGCAAUUGUUUUCGGCUGAUAAGAGAAUGGAAACUGGAAAGUUUAGCAAAUGGUAAGGAAAUUUCCGCCGUUCCGUUCCGAACAGAAAAAGAGGACUACCUCUGGGGGAAGUAUACAAUUUCCGAACGGAUUUUUCAAAAAAAAAAAUCCGUUCCAUUUGACCUUGGACCGAAAUUUCCGGAUUUUUUUUGGCUAAAUGGUUAGCACCCUAAUUUUCCGGAAAAUCCAUUCGGAAAUUGUAGAGUACCUCCAGAGAUAGUCCUCUUUUUCCGGUCCGAACGGAACAGCGGAAAUGUCCGUACCAUUUGCUGGUCUCCAGUUUCUAGUCUCUCAUCAGCUGAGAACAAUUCCAAAUGGUAAGCGCCAUCUCGUUCGGCUGGUUUACUGAUUUUGGAAAAACUGUUACCAUUAUUCACCAAUCAUCCCAACUGGUUUAUUUUGACAAAUGGUAAGCACCCCUAAUUUCCUCGAAAUUAGAAGUCCAAAGAUGUUUCUCCCGUAAGCGUUUUGUCUUCGGAAGCUUGGGAUUCUACAGAAUCUUUACUCGGCAUUUAUUACUAUAACAUGACAAAUUGUAUUACACUCACUGUAAAGCUAAUCAUACCACAUCAACAUUUAUUUGACUGAAAUCCCACACAAGUAAGCAUUACAGACCUGUUUUUUUUUCUGUGACCGAAAAAGAACAUUUUAUAUUUAUAGUCUAUCUACUUCUCUUUAUACUUAAGCUUCCUUAUCGUCUCUCUCUCAAUAACAUAAAUUUCGAAAAUAGCAAUUCACUCAAAUCUAGUCUUUGAUAGGCUCUCAGUUGCUGGAAAUAAACAAAGAAGUAAGAAAGCGAAUUACGUGAGGAGUCUGUGAAGGAGUGCUCUCCUUAGCCAACUCUCCACUACCGUUUGUUUCUUUGCCUCGCCCCGCUAUUUCGGUAGACUCCACAAGCGGCUAAAAAAUACCCUAUGAUUUCCACACUUUUUACAGUUGUCACACCUCUCUGUACUUUCCGCAAUGUUACUGGUGGUGCUGUGGUCGUCACUACAUGGAUGGUCCUUCGCAGGAGUCCUAGUAUGGAAGCAUUUGUCAAUGCUUUCAAAGAAGCUGUUCUUCCAUUUGGAAAUUGCUUACGUGCAAUUAGUGAAGGAUCAAUCCGAUUUACGCUUCAAGCAGAAAAUAUUUCCGCUCUUGACGCACUAUGGCAAAGUUAUCAAGACGCAACGCUACAAAAAAAUUUACAAGAGUUCCUUGUUACUGAGGAAAUAAAGCAGCUGGCAGGUGGUGAAGUGACAUUGACUGUGUAUAUCGACGAAGAUGAAUACAGAAAUGCUAUCUUCGAUUUGAUGAUAUCAGGAAAAGAAGGUAACUACACCUGAAAUAGUCCCGCCAUUAUGCAUGACUCCUUGUGCAAGGUGAAUUAAAAACGUCUCUUGUUGUAUCUUAUAACGGUAAGAAUCACGGCAUUUAGAAGAUGUGAUGUAAUUUUCUUUAAACGUUGUUGCGUUACGAUUCAUCUAAUAUUUUUUCCUCGUAUGCGAUUUAUUGGAACACGCCACGAGACUAAAUAUACACCAGCUCAUAUAUAACCCUCCAGCUUUAUUCUCUAGCUGAUGUUUCAGGCCUGAUUUAAACUUACCUUUCAUGAGAUAACAGCCGUAUACGAUUAAAAUAUCAUUCAAUUUUGGCGCGAAUGAAGAGACUAAUUUACGUGUUAACAAAGGCCAAAUAGACAGUUAACCCAGGUGAGUUUUCAGAAAAAUUAUAUGCAUUUAGUUUUUUCGUUUCUUCUCCAAGACAUCAUGCACUAUGCGUUAUCACCGUUGUGUAGAGGUUGAUUAUCUCUACAUGAGCUUGAAUUCGGAGGAGAAAGGAUCUCAAUAUCUUCAAAUUAUUUGAUAGGCGCUCUUUGUUCGCAAACGUACUUCCUUAUGGCUAACAUAAAUUGUUUAAGUCCAGAUAAUUGAGUUUGCGGAAAGAUCCACUAUGCAGAACUUGAAAUUGUAGACUUGGCAUAUUUCGUCUUUCUCGGCCUGAUCUGUCGCGCGGGUCUAAAGAAUACCUUUGAAUCGCAACAUGAUUUUUGUGUAUGUUUGGUCGACUGACAGAGUGAGCUGGGAAAGAGUAGUUGCUCAUAAUCGAUAAAAAUGUCCAACGGGUUGUUCUUCCUCUUCACGUAGCAACAGGUUCUCGAACUGAUUAUCCGAAUGACAUACGCAACUCCUCCGUUAAAACAGCCCAGUGAUAUGAAAAGCGUUCACUUGAAACGGGUCGAUAUUAUUGUUUCUAAAACUCAUUCUAAAAGCAACUUUGAGUAGUGCUCAUAAAUGUAAUUUCCAGACAACUUAAGAGCGAAUGUGGCUAAAAAUCGAACAUUUUCAAAAUAUGGCGGCAACAACCUAAAAAUCAAUUCGGCUAAUAUUCUCAAGUUAAGUAGGCCUUAAAGAGAAACAAACCGCGGUAUACUUCAAACCCAUGUGCGAUUGGAUGAUUUUUAUGCGUUCAGGUUUUUUCAAUUUGUGACGUGACGCGACGCUCCGAGAUUCGCCUUAAAUUUUUAGCUUCUACAGUGGCACUUUAGCGGAAUUCAGUUAUUAUCGAUUUUCUUGAAAAUAAAACGAUAUUCAGAAAAACGAAGUAUUCUGUGACUUAUUUCCCUUUGAGACCUACUAAACUUUGAGAUAUAAGCGAAAUUGAUUUUUCAGCUGUUGCCGCUAAAUGUUUGACCAUUGGUAACAUUCGCUCUUAAGUUUCACCUACCUUGUGGGUUAUUUCUCACUAGCAUAUGAUUUAUUUCCGAAAGCUUGAUGAUCAUCCAACGCUUCUUCAGCAUUCUAUUUGAUUUUUACUGUAAAUUUUAGAGAUUAAACUUGAAGAAAAAAGCGGAUUAAAAGAUCGAGCAAGUUCUGAUUCAGACCUUCUGAAAAAACGAAACAUGACCACAUCGAAUACCAAAGAUCCUUUUCCAGAGAGGAAGUUUUUUCCUCUUGAGAGAAAAGUGCGUGUAGAAGAAAAUCUUUGGGAGAUCUUCAGUGAAAUCACACCAUCGAGUGAUAGCGGAGCUGGGACCUGGAGUAGAGCCACUUCUGAAUAUGGAUUUGACGAGGGUAAAAGUGAUAGUUAGUGUACACCGAAUGAUAAUUCUUAAUAGAAUCGGUAUGAGUUUCUGAGUCUUGUUGAGUUCUUACCAUUGAAGGUCUUUCCCACUCGGCUUCGCGAGUCAAUUGUGAUGUAACCAUAAAUGUUGAUGUCAGAUAGUCCGGUCUUAGAAACCUUGCUUUCGUGUUAAUAGUCUUGUUGGGUGUAAGAACUGUCUCGAAAAAAUGUGUGGUCGAGCCUUUUUUACGAUUCUAUGUUUGUGUGUGAAGCCAUCGAGUCAAAGUCAAUAUUUAUUCCUAAGACGAUUCUUCUUUUCUUUCAGGCCCUUGGUUAGUUGAGGAUAUGCUCAUCGAGGAGAUGCCAGAGGACAGUAAUUUGACAGAAAAUUUGAAACGUAAGUAAAGUUUUGUGAAAUAGUCGUCUAAUAGGAGCGCCAACAUGUAAAUACAUUUGUUUGGUGGCCUGUUGCAUGUUCCAGGCCAGCAAUGUUCACGGUAAUUGAACAUUAAUUUCGAAUCCAUCCAAGAUUAAGGCUAUCUAAUUUACUAAGAUGUGGGUGCUUCCGGUUAGGAAAUACCAUUUGCAACCUGAUGGCAACCGGCCGAGAGAUACAUUCUCUUUGUAAUCACUAUCAUUGAUUAUAUCUGCAUGAGCUAGAAUUCCUUUGUUCUUUUCCGAGGGGAAUUGUUCUCAGUAGCAGGAAUCGAAAUUGUGUACUUGGUAUGCCUGGGUUUAAAAAAUACCUGUGAAUCACAAAAUCACUUUUUGUGUUUGUUUGGUCGACUGACAGAUUGAGCUGGGAAAGAGUAGUUGCUCAUAGUGAAUAAAAAUGUCCAACGGAUUGUUUUUUUCUCUUUAUGUAGCAACAGCUUCUUGAAUUAAGUAUCCGAAUGGCAUCCGCAACUCGUCCGCGAAACAACCCUGUGAUAUAGAAAGAGUUGAAACUUGUCGAUAUCACUGUUUCUAAAACUCAUUUGAAAACCAACUUUGAGUAGUGCUCAAAAAUGUAAUUUCCAGGUAAAUCAAGUUUCACUUACCUUGUGGGUUAUUUCUUAUUAGCAUAUGAUCUAUUUUCGAGAGCUUGAUGAUUAUCCAAGUAAAAUACAAUGCUCAAUGUCUCAAUGCUCUUUUGCAAAUGAUGUAGAACGCACCGCUUCAUUCAGCCCUAUAUUACAUUUUUGACUUCAAAUCUCAGUGACCACAAUGACUUCAAAAGAUCCUUUUCGAGAGGGAAUGUUUUUACCAUUUGGGACAAAAGUGAGUGUAGAAGAAAGUCUCUGGGAGGCCUUUAGUGAUAUCACACCACCGAGUGAUAGCGGAUCUGGGGCCUGGAGUGGAGCCACUUCUGAAUAUGAAUUUGGCGAAGGUAAAAGUGAUAGUUAGUCUCCACCGAAUGAUAAUUCUUAAUAGAAUAGGUAUGAGUUGCCGAGUGUCGUCGAGUUCUUACUAUUGAAUGUCAUUCCCACUCGGCUUAGCAAGUCAAUUGUGAUGUAACCAUAAAUGUUAAUGGCAGAUACCCCAGUCGUAGAAACCUUGCUUUCGUGUCAAUAGUCUUGUUGGUUACUUGGGGAAAUGCUAGAAUCGUUAAAUAACUGGCCUUGUAAUUUCAUAGUGGUUGGGUGUAAAGACUUUCUAGCAAAACUGUGGCCCAGUUAUGAAAGUACAUCCUCCAACAAUCACUCGAACACGAAGGACAAAGUCAAAAGAGACGCAUGUGACAACAAGUGUCACAGUAUCGUAACCUAUGAUGUCACUUCUUCCCUACUAACGCCAAACCAAAUUUGAAGGAAAGCAAGGCUCUUAGCAUCCUCUGGAUCCAGAGUGAAAGCUUAUCAUGGCCAGCAACGUAUUAGGGUAACACUGCCUCUUCCACAUGGGCAAUAUUCUUCCAUUAAUUCAGCCUGGGCUUAGAGACCCUGAGUUCCUCAGUGAACUAUGGUAUACCUAGGUGAUGCCUCUCCCUCGGAAUCACAAAAUAGCCGGGGUCUUGUCUUUAUAAACGUGACAAAUAAAUACUUUUGCAUCAAUUAAGCCAGGUGCAUGAAUUGAGGAAUGUGUUUAAGAACAAAAAUAAUAGAGAAAUGGUUUUUUCGUUUUGUCACACGUGUGGGACAAAGAAUCAAGUGUACUACACUAUGAGGAAUCGAGUCUCAGAUAUUUGCAUUCCGAGGCUCAGAUCCACCACUGAGACUCUGCUGUGCGUAUGGCCAUGAAGUGGUUGGAAACUUAGAUUUGUUAGAUUUCUUUCUCGAGUUUUUUACCGAGUUAAAAACCAAUCAUCUUUCUCUUUCUGUUCAUAAAUCCUCAGGAGACAGACUUGAAAAGCUCGACCAGGUUGACAGUUUAAUUAAAGGUGCCAUUGAGAACUGGAACUCCUCGCGAAAACUGGGCUACUGA